AUGAGAGCUGUUACAAUUGCCGCUGCUGGUGCAGCUGUUGUCGGAUCCGUUUCUGCUUCAAGCCAUGUCAAGCACAUGCACGCGAAACUCCACGCCGCUCGCGACACCUGGGCUGACUGGAAUACGACCUCUACCACGACGACGACCACCACCACCACAACGAAGUCCGUAGACCCUGCCACCGCCACCACCACAUCUGCCGUGGUUUGGGAGGAUUGGGACACCACCACGAGCACUACCACCACGACCACGACCACCAGUGCUGCCGACCCUUGGGCGGAUUGGGAAUCUACGACCACGACCACGACCAAGCCUGUCGACCCUGCGACAACAAGCAGUGACGAGCCUUGGGUCGACUGGGCCACUACUGUCGACCCUGCCGAUUCUUCCUCGACCGUUACCGUGACCUGGGUUGACUGGGAGUCGACGUCUUCUACUCCUGUUGAACCUGCCGCCACGAGCACUGAGACAUGGGGUGACUGGUCGGCGGUUGAGGAGACCACGACGAUCACUCUUGAAUCAACCAAGACCGCCACCAAGUACGUCGAGGCUCUCACCUCCGGCCCUGCUGCCGUGACCAGCAUUAUCACGGCCACCGUUGUUCCGGAACUUAGCUCCACUGGCUGGUUUGGCUCUUCUUUGAGUCCUGCUGCCGAAAGCUGUGUGUUGGAGGUUUACACAUCCUAUGGUGCUGCUACAUGGUACCCGACCCCUGGUGUCGCAACCACGACCACGACCGCCGCUACCACCACCACCACCACCACUGCUGUUGUCACCACCACCACCACCACUACUACGUCGACCACGACCAUCACCACCACUUCUGCACAAGGCUGGGGCUGGGCUCCGGAAUCCCCCAUUGCUUCUCCCACUACCUCGAGCACGACCACUUCUGCUCAAGGUUGGGGCUGGGCUCCGGAAUCUCCCAGCGCUUCUGCUACAAUCGCGACCGGCGGCUGGGGUGGCUCUCCUUCAGCCUCGCCCUCAGGAUCUGCCAGCAGCUCUGGAUCGACUCCCAAGCCUAGCGGUGGCAGCGGCGGCGGUUCUUCCGGCAUCACUGCCAACGGCAACUCGUGGGCUCUGACCUACUCGCCAUACACCUCGAGCGGCGGCUGCAAGGACGCCGGCACGGUUGCCUCUGACCUCGCCAUCAUCGCGCAGAAGGGAUUCUCCUCCGUCCGCAUCUACAGCACCGAUUGCAGCUCCCUCGAGAACGUUGGAACGGCCGCCCGCAACAACGGCUUGAAGAUCAUUCUUGGUGUCUGGAUCUCAUCCACCGGUAUUUCUGGCGCCCAGGGCCAGAUCUCCGACAUCAUCAGUUGGGGUCAAUUCGAUCUCGUUGAGCUGAUUGUCGUCGGUAAUGAGUCUGUCUUCAACGGAUACUGCUCCGCCUCGGAACUUGCCGGCUUCAUCUCCAGCAGCGCCUCGUCCUUCAAGGCAGCCGGCUACACCGGUCUGGUCACUACGACAGAGCCCCUUUCAGUGUGGGAGGAUAGCAGCUCUGCCUCUGCCUUCCUCGGAGCUGUUGAUGUUUGCGGUGCCAACCUGUACGCAUUCUUCAACGCAGACGUCACUGCCGACAAGGCUGGAUCGUUCAUCCAGUCCGAGAUCGACAUCCUGAACGGUAUCUGCGGUGACAAGGCAGUCUAUGUCUUGGAGUCUGGAUGGCCACACGCUGGUAACUGUAACGGUGCUGCGUGCCCCAGCCCAGCAAACCAAGCGACUGCCCUCAAGGGUAUCCAGAACACCGUCGGUGCCCAGGUCGUCUUCUUGAGCUUCGAAGACGAGCCAUGGAAGGCUCCUGGCCAGUUCGACGUCGAGCAAUAUUGGGGAUGUGCCGGUGUCUUCUAG